AUGAUCAACACUGAAAAGAUCUUGAUUCUCCGGAUCAGUUUCAUCACUGGCUCCGUCAGCAAGUUCUUCUUGUACUGUAUUUGUCUGUGCAAAAAGAAACUACAAAUAAAACAAAUAGUACCAAUUACAAGUAGCAACGUUAGGAAUCCAGCUGUAAAGAAUGUUGGUGCGUGUGUUGGUACGAAACCAGCCAAAAGGCAAUAUCCAAUCCAAUAG